AUGCCUGAGCAUGAUGCAUCAAGCCAGGCAUGGGCGACCGCAUUGCCAUCUCUUCUCGACAUCUGCAACUCCAGAGAAGAAGGGCGUAGGAAAUCUGACGAUGAGAACAGCCGUCACAACUCCACAACACCUGGUCUUAUCCCACCAUCUCCAAGUCAACAUGGGAUUGGACGGCCAUUCAAAGACCCAGAGAAAGCCAGGUUAUUCAUGCACUAUAUACAAGAUCUCUCCAUGUGGGUCGACAUUUGCGAUGCAAAGCGUCAUUUUGGAACAGAAGUGCCCAAAAGGGCCUGCCACUCGCCGUUGCUGGCUUAUUCAAUAAUUGCUCUCGCAUCUCGGAGCCUUUGUUCCAUCGCCGGAACAGAUGACUCUAAACCUUCCUCAUAUUACAGCCAUGCUCUGCAGAUUCUCAUUCCACUCCUGGAUAGCUCGUUUGAGGCUCUGAACGAAGAGGUCCUGGCUGCUAUCGUGAUACUCAGGCAAUACGAAGAGAUGACGGAUACCGACUUUGGCGUCCAUCUAUCCGGUAGCUCCAAGCUUUUAAACUCAAUGUUCAGCUUGGCGAGUAAAGGCGGCCUGGGAGAAGCAGCGAGCUGGAUCGUUCUCCGCCAAGACUACUGGGUCGCACUCGUCAAGUCUCAGCCAAUAAGCAUCAACUUGGACAGCUAUAAAGGCUCCAGCUCCUUCGUUCGAACAGAGCCGGAGUGCCUAGCCAACCAAGCCGUGUUCCUCUGCGCCCAGGCAAUAGCUUAUGCGUUCCAGCCAGUCGGCAUAAGAGACCUUGCCAGGUGGAACAAGCUUAACCAAGACCUGGGCACAUGGCUUGUCUCUAAUCCUUGGCAUGCCGACCCCCUUUGGGUGGAGCCACCGCACGACAAUAGCGCUAAUGGUUCCGCGUUUCCUACAAUAUGGAUGACGCAUCCUGCGCAUGGUGAAGAUGUCCUUUCCCCCCCCCGCGAGUUCCUGCUUUUUUUCUUACCGAAUUAUAGUGGUUGGAUACCAGCACUACAGCCUUGCCCGUAUGGUUCUGCACAUCUUCAACCCGUACCUUAG